UGUACAAUUUAAAUUAACCUCAUAUUGUUUUCUUGCUUUCACAUUCAUACCAUAUUAAGCCAACCUCUCUCUUUCUCAUUCACUUUGAGUUUGACCCGUUGCCAGCCACCGCCAACUCUUUCUCUACUCCAAUGGCUACCCCACCCCGCACUCUAUAGAGAGGAUCUUCUUGGUGGAAACAUAUGUUUGAUGAGAGACACCCCCUCUCUCUCUCUCCCCCUCUUUUUUAGAGCUAAAAGCUUAAAUAACCUUUCGUCUCCUUUCAUUUCUCUCUUUUUCUGCUCCAAAAACCCUGAUUCUGAUCAGAUAGGGUGACAGAGGAAGAAGAAGAAGAACAAGAGAAAACCCUUUCUUCUUUGCUUGUCGUGUUUGACAAACUGUAAUAGUUUUCUUCUUCGGGUGAAAGACAAGAGGAAAGAGGAGCGAUAUCAGGGGGGGCUUUAAGGGUAUGACAACUUUCUCGAAGCUGUUUUAGAAGGAUGUAUUUUCUUUUUCAUUCAUAUUUUGGGUCCUUUUGCAGUGUCUUCAUAACUGCUUUUUUGAGCUAAGGCUAUAUCUUUGUUUCUGUUUUUGCGACUGUGCAACUAUCACCAUCUACAUAUACCCCAGCCCUCUGUAGGUUUUGAGCUCUUUAUUUCUGUUGCACUUUUAAAUAAUCAAAGCUUUUGCCAUGGAUUCUGGUAACAGUAGUAGUAUGCAAUCUUCGAGUGGUGGUGAUGAAGAGUAUGACUCACGGCCUGAGUCAAUCCCAGCUUUUUUGAACACCUCAGGCCACUUUAGUCCCUUAUCAAAUCCACAUCCGUCACUUGUCUCGCACCACCAAGACCACCCACCCACUUUCUUUGAUGUUUCGUCAACUUAUCUCAACCCUUUCGCUCAAUCCCAACCAAACAAUUCACCGCUAAAUCUUGAUGGGGUUAGGCCUCGGAGCCUAAGAUCUGAACCCAACUGCACUGACCUUGGUAACCUACCAGGCUCAUCUUCAUCAGGACAGUCUAUCCUAGGUGCACAAGGACUUAGUCAAGGUUCAUUUCCAAGCUUAUCAUCGAUGCAAUCAAGGCCAGCUCAUGACAAUGGUGUAAGAUCUUUAACAAAUUCUGAUCAGACAAGUGUUGUCAAGAACCCCAAGAAGCGAACAAGAGCUUCAAGGAGAGCACCCACUACAGUUCUCACCACCGACACAACGAAUUUUAGAGCAAUGGUGCAAGAAUUCACUGGAAUCCCUGCACCACCAUUUUCGGGUUCAUCAUAUUCUCGAAGGCUUGAUCUUUUUGGCUCUGGCUCAGGUAUUCGGUCCAGUCAUUUGGAACCUUUAGGUUCGCUGUACCCUCUACGUCCCUCAGCUAAAAGGGUUCAGCCAACUCCAUUUGUAUCCUCACCUUCUCCUUCGUUAUUAAAUAAUCCUUUAGCUGAUGCUGCCAAUAUUACCAAUACUUCAUGCAAUAGCUCCAUUCCCACUUCUAUGGCUGCCGCAUCCAGUGCUUUCAAUCCAACUUCUAGUAACUAUCAGCUUCCUUCUGAUUUAGGCCUACUAAAGCAGCCUCAGAAUAUGUUAAACUUGCAAAACCAGAGUCCCAUCCUAACUUUCCAGUCCUUCCUCCAGCCUCCUCCUUUUCACCCUUCUCUUAAUUUGCCUGGCUUCGGUGUGAAGUCCCAGGAAAGUUCAGCCAUGCCUUCCCUUGAUGAAUUGGGCUUGAGUCAUAGUCAUGUCAAUGCAAACCUCGGUAGCUUACAAAGUCAUGUAACAUCGGACGGGGCACGUCAUGGAAACUGGAGAGAUGGGAUUGGAUUGAACGAUGAGAAUCAAGAUCAUUUGAGGCCUUUAGAAGGGAAUUAUGGUAAUGAUCAUAGUAAUUCACAAAGAAUUAACAGCUGCAAGUUGAACUACUCAGCUUCCUCAUCAGAUUUUCACCAUGACAAGGGGUUGGAGAACGUUUCUUCUAGAGCUGAAGGUACAGUUGAUUCAUGGAUUUGUCCUGCAGACUAGAAUUGCUUUAAUGUGCAGAAAAUUUGUCAUUCAGAAGAACUCGAAAUUUUAAUGUGAAGAGGGUUUUGCUGCAUUAAUAUCAUAUUAUCUCUCUUUUUUUUUUGUUCAUUUUAGAAAUAAAUAAUUUUAAUUAACAUAUGUUCAAUUUCCAUCAUUAUUCUUUUUCUGUCAGAUACAUGCUGCGGAUAUAUAGUGUCCUUCUUAUUUAUUGGGAUUAAACAACUACAGUAGUACAAUUUCAUUUCAAGAACUCUCAAUUUAUUUAUUUUUUUCUU